UGUCGGUGAAAAUGUCUGCCCCCUUGUAGGCAAUGCUGCUGUAAAGUAAACUACAGUACCGCGGUAGUAAUUGGACGUAUACGCUUGUCAUAAACUAAAGUCACACAGUUAACCGGUGAUCAUAUAUUGGGAAUUUAUGCAAAAAUGAAGACAUUCUGUGGACGAGCGAACCCAACUACGGGUGCCCUAGAUUGGGUGGAGGAGAGUGAGGAAUACGACUAUCACCAAGAGAUAGCAAGGUCCAGUUAUGCUGAUAUGCUUCAUGAUACCGAUCGGAACCAGAAAUAUUACGCGGGUAUCCGUGCAGCUGUGGCCAGAGUGAAGGCUCGUGGUGAGAAGGCGACGGUUCUGGACAUCGGAACAGGCACUGGCCUGCUCUCCAUGAUGGCACUCACAGCGGGGGCAGACUUCUGCUACGCCGUAGAGGUGUUCAAGCCCAUGGCCGAGGCAGCAAAGUGCAUUGUGGAAAAAAACGGCUUCUCCGACCGCAUGAAGAUCAUUAACAAGCACUCCACAGAAGUCACUGUGGGGCCAGACGGGGACAUGCAGACGAGAGCUAACAUCUUGGUCACAGAGCUCUUUGACACUGAGCUGAUUGGCGAGGGCGCCUUGCCUAGCUACGAACACGCACACCAGAAUCUGGUGCAGGAGGGCUGUGAGGCCGUGCCACACCGGGCCACCGUCUACUCUCAGCUGGUGGAGUCGGAGCUGCUGUGGAGCUGGGGCCAGCUGCAGCCCGUGAUGGUGGAGGGGGCCCGCCUGGCCCCGCCCCCUGCCGUGACGCAGUGCGCCGGGGCCCACUCUGUCUGCGACAUCCAGCUCAGCCAGGUCUCCCCUGAACAGUUCACACCCCUGGGCCCUCUCUGCACCAUGUUCAGUCUGGACUUCAGUAAGCCUGUGAGCAGCGCUCCACAGUCCCACACCUCUCACUUUCCAGCCCGGGUCAGCGGCAGGGCCCAGGUGGUUCUGUCCUGGUGGGACAUUGACAUGGACCCCGAGGGCUCUAUCGUCUGCAGCAUGGCCCCCAGCUGGACCUACCCUCAACCCAAAGCCGCACCGUGGCGCGACCACUGGAUGCAGAGUGUUUACUUCCUGCCUACCGAAAGGAGUGUGUGGAGGGGGAGGAGUGAGCCAACAGUCAUCCACGACGACUACAGCCUGUGGUACGGCCUGCAGACAGACAGCCAACAGGUGGGACUGAAGGAGACCCCGCUGUGCCGGCCAUGUUGUACCUGCCACGCCCACCUUGUGUGGAACCGCCCACGCUUCGGAGAGCUCAAUGACGGCCGUCGCACGGAGAGCUACGUCAGAGCGCUGCGCAGCGUUUUGGAUGUAGACAGCGUCUGCCUGAGCGUUAGCGAUGGAAGCCUGCUGCCAGUCUUUGCUCACAUGCUCGGGGCCAAAAAGGUCUUUGGUUUGGAAAGUUCUAGAAUGUCUAACGGGUUAUUGCAAUCCAUCCUUCCACAUUGUGCCUCUGCAGGUGUUGAGGCCAACUCCAUGAAAGGCGGCGUGGAGGUCCUGGAGAUCAGAGCCGACCAGCUCAGCAGCAACGACCUGGGGGGACAACAGAUCUCCUUCCUGAUGGGGGAGCCUUACUACAGCACCGGACUGCUGCCGUGGCACUCGCUGUUCUUCUGUACUUACUGCCGGACGGCGCUGGCCAAGCUCCUGCGUCCGGGGGCCGCCAUCCUGCCCCGCUCGGCCACACUGCACGCCGCCGCCGUGGAGUUCCAGGAUCUUUGGAGGAUACGAGCCCCUUGUGGAACGUGCGAAGGGUUCGACGUGUCGCCCAUGGACCAGAUGGUUCAGCGAUCUCUGGAUUUCCGUGAGUCCCGUGAGGCGGAGCCCCACCCGUUGUGGGAAUACCCGUGCCGAGCUUUGUCCCUGCCCACUGCCGUCAUGACCUUUGACUUCACGCAGUGUGUCCCUGAGCAGCCAAUCCACGCUCAGGGCUGCUUCCCCUUUGUCAGGAGUGGCUCUUGCCAUGGCGUUGCCAUAUGGAUGGAGUACCAGCUGACCGAGGAAGUCACCAUCAGCAUGGGUCUCUCAGGAGAUGUUGGGGAGCAGGGUGCUUGCGAGUGGAGUCGUCACAGAAAACAGGGCGUCUACUUUUUCCCGUCGCCGCGACAAAGCGUGGGGGAAGACGGCGGCGGCGGCAAAGUGUCUUACAGUUUCACCUUUGAACCCAGCUCAGGAGACAUCAGUAUGGAGUUCAACGUUGUCUCUGAUUCAGCGUGAUACGGGACUGAAGAUGUGAACUAUGAUUCAAACCCUAUUUUUACAUGUCAUUCGCGAUGGAGACGCCCAUCUGGUGACCCGUUUUGUGCCUACUGUAUUUUGGAUUUGCUUCUGUUUAUUCUGGGAUUAUUAGUGCUGGGAUUAUAGCGAGUUCAUCAUACAACCAAGAACAAGAAAAACUGAAAUCUUUCUAUUGAUAGAAAAUCCAAAAACGUGGGAUAAGACAAUUUUUUUAUUGCUAGCGUUUGAGCGGAAUGUCUUGCCUACUUAUUUUUGCCGAACUAAUAGGUAUUCAAGGUUAACCAUUCUCAAAGAAUAGAAGCUGUCAAUUCAUGGUGAAAUUCGAUCAUGGUUAAGUCAAACUACUAAAAAUACAAAAAGGUAUGGUAACACUUUACCAAGUACAUUAAUUAACCAUUUAAUAUAAGUUAAUGAAAUAAUAAGCAUUAUCUUAAUUAAUGGUCUAGUAAUCUUUGCUUAUGGCGUUCGUAUCUAUACAUGACUUCAACAAUAGCUAAUGAAUGUACCUUUUUUGUAACAUUUUACCGUAUUUAUGAAAAGAUUGUUUGCUUUACAUUACAAUAAACCUCAUUCAAAUCAAGUGCAUUUAUUAUUUU